AUGGCCGACGAGCCCGCAACCCUCAACCUGCGCAUCCUCUCGCCGUCCGAUGAAGUCGAGGGCGGCGUCACCUUUGCGGAGCUGCCCACGUCGACAACCGUCAAGCAGCUCCGCGAGCGCAUACAGGAUGCCGUGCCCUCCAGACCGGCCCCCGAGCGCAUGCGCCUGAUCUAUAGGGGACGCGUCGUGGCUAAUGAUGGCGACACGCUGGGGGACGUGUUUGGCGCGGGCAAUAUCCGCGACAUGAAGGACCAGAGUCUGCACCUGGUGCUACGAGAGCUGCCCGCGACUGCCUCCACGCCUGCCCCGCGCACCGCGACCGCCCCGCCGAACCCGUUCCGCCCACCACCCGCCGCGAGCCCGCCCCUCCAGACGAACCCUUUUCGAACCCUGCCCCAGCCUCGACCCGCCUCGCAACCACCCCUGCCACAGCCGCACCACCACCAUGCCCACCCACACGUCCACCACCACCACCACCUGCCCGGGCCCGUGAACGCCUUUACCAUCCCCGCCCUCCCGCAGAUGCAGCAGCACAUCGCCCAGGCCAUGGCCCAGAACGGACAUCCCAUGCCGCCCCUCCCUACUCCUGGACCUGGCUCUCCUCCGCAGAUGCCUCCCAAUGCCCCGCCUGCGUUCCCCUCCAGCGGCAGGACAGUGCGACAGGAGGGGGUUGGGCCCAACGGGGAACGAUGGUCUGUCACGUACAACUCCACCGCCAACAUGCCCAUGCUUCCACAGCACCCUCUGCUCGCACGCCCCUUUGCCCCGCCACCACCUCGUCCGACAGGCGCCCCAACCCCCAGUGGAGGCGGAGUCAUGUCGCCGUUGAGAGCACAGUUGCAAGCAGCGCGGCAGGAGCUGGACAACGUUAGAGUGUUGUUACAAAGUCCCAGCGGAGUGGCAGGGCAGACUGAGUCCGGCUCGUCACCGGGCAUGCCUGUGUGGCGUAACGACCGCCUUCUCCAACAUCUCCAAAACACGGAGAGACUUCUGGUUCCAGUCGAGCGGGGAUUGGCGCUCUUCAUAGGCAACCCCACCAUGGCGCCCCACGCAGAUGUGCUCGCUCUCCGCCAGCUUCUGAAUGAACUGCGCAGUGAGGCGGAUGUCUUGAGCUCCAUGGCCGGCCGCCAACAGGAGUCAAGUCAGCCCACCGCCACCCAGACUUCUUCGAGCGGGUCAGUGGACGCAUCUGCCUCUUCAACUGCAAAUACAACUGCAGCACCGCCAUCGAGUUCUUCCCAGAUGCAGAACACUACGCCAGACAUGCCAUCAGACGCCGCUCCAGAGCUCUUCAUCCUCUCCAGCCCACAAGGCCCGGUUGGCGUGCUGUUUAACCAACAGGGUACAUAUACGACAGCACCUAUGGCAUCGACCAUGUCGUUUCAGUCGUUUACAGAUCAGUUCAAUCGAAACAGGCUGCUCAUCGCCGGACUAGGACAGCAGAUGGCUUCCAGCUCCAGUCAAUCACACAACCACCUGGCUAGUCGUCAACACACGCCCACACAGCAACCCACGACGGGAGAGGCCGCGCAGCAACCUUCGAACCAGCCCCAGCCUGCGCAGAACCAGCAACAGGAUCAGAAUGUGAAUCAGAACGCGAAUCAAAAUGCCAACCAGGUUAACGUGGUAAAUCAAAAUCGAAAUCAGAAUGUCGUCGAGAUUGACGAAAACGCAAACGCCCAAGGAAACAUCGCAGCACACCUGUGGCUCCUCUUCAAGCUGGGCUGUUUUGUCUAUAUCUUCGCUGGCGGCGGCAGCUGGUACAGACCCAUCAUGCUCGGCAUCGUCGCCGCCAUCGUGUAUUUCGUCCAGCUCGGCAUCUUCGAAGAGCAGGUCAACAUGGUCCGACAGCACUUUGAAGCGAUGCUCCCGGCCGGUGCACUCGCUGAGCGGGUUGCUCGAGGACGCGCGAACCCUCCACCCCAGCGCGUGGAACCAGCCCGCAAUGUAACGCCCCACGAAGCAGCUCAGAGAUUGUUACGACAACAGAGGGAACAGCCGAUCAACUGGGCGAGGGACAGUCUGCGCGCUGUGGAACGAUCUGUCACGCUUUUCCUCGCAAGUCUGUGGCCUGGGCUUGGAGAGAGGAUCAUACGCGCUGAGGAGGAGAGGGUGAGGGCUGAGAGGGAGGCAGAGGAGGAGCGGGUGCGGUUGGAGGAGGAGGCGAGGACUCGCGAAGCGGACGCAAAGAAGAGUGAGAGUGAAGCGAAGGAGAAGGAUGAGGGAGAUGUCGCGGGGCCCAGCUCGAAUGCAAAGGGCAAGGAGAGGGCUGUGGUUGACGAGGAUGAAGCGUUGGAUAACGCGCAGGCGUUGGAUUGA